AUGCGUUUGUUGAAAAGGGAAUUGCCUCAGCUUGUCACUUGCUUUCCACGGAUCAGCUCUUAUGAGGCCAAAAUAUUGUUUGUGAAGAAUGGCAAAUAUAAGACCAGUAUGUAUGAAGACCCCAAACCGCAUGAUGAUAGGCAGUAUGAACCUAAUUUAACAAAUCUUGUGACAAGUUACACCAGAGAUCCUUCAAAUCUGAAGUUAAAAUCACAGCAUUUAAAUAUGGGUAAGUCCUCAACUACCUGCAAAAAGCAACAGGACUCUGAUAGGAGAUUUCAUACAUACAAAACUUGUGAAAGCAAAUGGGAUCCACGGCUGCUACUACCAAAAGAUCCCUGGCCACCUAAAUCUGCUUCAUUUAGUUAG